AUGGCGGGUUCCAGGCCAGCAGCUGGGUCUUCUAUGGGGUUUUUGAGCCAUGAUGGCCAAGACAAGGAAGCUCGAGGCAAGGAAACAGAUGACAGACAAGCGGAUGAGCCGGAGGUGACCUUCUACACGCACGGCCUGUGUCCGUACGCGCAGCGAGUGGCGAUCACGCUGGAGGCCAAGGGCGUGGAUUACAAGAGCGUUCACAUAGACCUCUCCAACAAGCCUUCAUGGUACUUUUCGGUGAAUCCGCGUGGUCUGGUGCCAGCUGCGGAUGUGAGCGGCCAAGUGGUCACAGAGAGCAUUGACAUCUGCAGGUUUCUGGACGAGCGCUAUCCCAAAGUGCCUCUGGUGCCAUCAGAGGCGCAGAGCAGCAGAGCCAUGGACCGCCUUGUCAGCAAGGCCGACUCUAUCAUUCAUGCUGGCCUAGCAAUGGUGGCAGGGUCUGAGCGCUUGUGGGCCAUUGACACCAAGAGGGGCAGCAGAGGAGGGGGGAAUGCGAGGGUACAAGGAGAGUGGAUCAAAGCUCUAGACUCACUGCAAGAGGCUGUGCGCCAAUCACAGGGGCCAUUCUUGACGGGUGCAGACCUCUCUCUGGCUGAUGUGGUGCUCUUCCCCUUCCUCGCUCGCUUCCAGCUAGUGGCAGAGGGAAUACGAGGCGAACCCUUCUCUCCUGACCACCCACUCGUCACCCAAUGGAUGGCCGCCAUGUGGCAGCAGCCAUCUGCCAGGCGCACGUUUCCUGACAGGGACCGGUUCCUGCUGGCGCUGAAGCAGUAUGCCAGCCUUGAUUACUUUGAUUUCCACUCCACUUCACUGGAAGACCCAGUUCCCAAGUACUGGGUGUAG